GCACUGGGUACGCAGCAGGUACGCCGGCGCGCGCGCUUCUGUGCGGAAGUGACUGAACGCGUGGUGUUGGCAGAUGGAGGGAAGGAUGCAGACUGACGCCAAAACCCGCACUGAGUAUGGGACAGAUUCCGGCUCUCGGGGCCCCUGCUGCAGUCUCCGGCACUUUGCUUGUGAACAGAACCUGUUGUCCCGGCCGGAUGGCUCUGCCUCGUUCCUGCAAGGGGAUACCUCCGUCCUGGCCGGGGUAUAUGGGCCAGCCGAGGUGAAGGUCAGCAAAGAGAUCUUCAACAAGGCCACACUGGAAGUGAUCCUGAGGCCGAAGAUCGGGCUGCCUGGUGUAGCAGAGAAGAGCCGGGAACGGCUGAUCAGGAACACAUGUGAAGCGGUGGUGCUGGGGGCGCUGCACCCCCGCACCUCCAUCACCAUCGUGCUGCAGAUCAUCAGCGAUGCUGGCUCUCUCCUGGCCUGUUGCCUGAACGCCGCCUGCAUGGCGUUGGUCGACGCAGGCGUGCCCAUGCGGGCCCUCUUCUGUGGGGUCACCUGUGCCCUGGACGCCGAUGGGACCCUUGUGCUGGACCCCACGGCCAAACAAGAAAAGGAGGCCCGGGCAGUCCUGACCUUUGCACUCGACAGCGUGGACCAGAAGCUGCUUAUGUCCACCACCAAGGGACUCUUCUCCAAUGCUGAGCUGCAGCAGUGCCUGGCUGCAGCCCAGGCUGCCUCGCAACACGUCUUCCGCUUCUACCGGGAAUCUCUGCAGAGGCGGUACUCCAAGAGCUGAGGCGGCUGGGGCGCGGUGCCCCACCUACCGCUGCCUCCCGUGCAAAAUAAACCAGUGGCCCAGCCUUG